AUGGGGAAGAGAAAAGAGAGGCGCCUGGCGGCGAAGAGCGCCGCUGGUCGGAGGGUGAAGUUGGAUCUCUUUGCGGAACCCACUGGUAAGCGAUUUCGACUACGUUCCUCUGCGGACGUUUUCGGGUUUUUUGUUUUUUUAUGGUUUAUUCCUCUGUCGGUUGUGUGAGAUUGUAAAGAAAAAAAAACCUGAAGAUUAGUAUAUGGAUGAGUGUUAUUCCGGGAGGGGUACAUAAUAUUGGAUCAUAUUGACUCAGGGAAAAUGUCGUUGCCUAUUGUAGUUUGAAAGCCCCAGGGCUGUCAAUUUCGCAAGAUCCUCUAAAUCAUCACAAAUAUUUCCCCUUUUUGUUAUGGCCGUGGGUUUCUUCCAUUAAAAGGCUAUAACGCGCUCUGACCAAUCGAUUUCUGAGCUAUAAACCAUUUCAUAGGAGAUUUUAGUUUUUCCAUUCUGCCAUAGAGAUGGUUCGAUUCAUGACUGUUUUCAUUGCAUUUUUCUUGUCGUCUUUAGUUUUUUUUUAAAUUUUGUUGCUAGGCGUGAUUUUUCUUUUCAUUGUUUGGAAGUUGAUUAACUUUGACAUUAGUUUGUAAAAACAUACCUUAACAUCGGAACUGUUCGCCUCAUUUCCAGAAGAGAUGGUCAGCAAGCCUUCAAAUGAGGAAGUUACAGGGGAUCCAGAUCAAGAUCACCAUGCUGGAGUCCCCAGUUCACCAUCUACUUCAGGUGGGUUCCGUCGAUUUUUGUUCAAAGGAAUAUAUAGAGAAGAUUGCAUACACAGCUGUUUUUGGUCGGAAUUUGGAGUUAUUGUACAGGACCUGUUGUAUGGCAGCUGUGGUCUCCAGAACGUUCAAACUUGGAUCAGAUUGGGCCACAGUGAAAAUGAAUGACUCCCAAUAUGUUUUGAUCUUUCUGGCAGCAUCUAAGCAUUUUGGUGGCAUCGGCACAAAGGUGUUGCCUUCUCGGUUCGUACAUCACUAGCUUUAUUUGGUUUGUAUCUCCUAACAUUUACUUCUGCACACAGUGGUUGUUUACCAAUAUGUGUGUGUAGUAAGGCCUUGUAGUUUUACAAUUUUCAUGUGACAAAAAACGUCUUAAAUGUCUCUGAUUUUUUGUGUUUGGUUAGAAUUUCUGACCGUUCCAGAUUGCUUGUACUUUUUAGGUUAUCUGACGGAUAUUUUUUGUUUCUCAGGUCAGAAACAGGAAAACCCGUUACUUUUGCUUGGGCAAUAUAGUGAUGACGAGGCGAAUGACGAUGUGACUACAGAACCCAAGAUAGAGGUUGAGGAGAAUUUGGAUGCCGAUUCUAUUCAGGUAUUAAUUGCACAUCGUCAUUUAUGGUAAUUUAAUGUUUCAGUUUAAUCUUUGGAGGCUUUUGUCAGGAAGCCACGUGAAGUAUACAAACAAUGUACAUGUCAUCUUAUAGAUGCAUCUAAUUUUAUGUUAUUUACCUUUUUCAUUCAUCUAUUUUGAGUGAACUUCUACCACAUUCGUGAAGCUGUUAAAAAGUUUUUCUGAGACCUUCAAUCAGUGAAUACUUUUCCUUGGACAAUUGCAGACUGAAAAUUAUUUUCAUUGUGAAAUUUCUGGUUAAAUUGAUUCUCUCUCUACAUCUUUGAAAUUUAUUUAGCAUGCCUGAAUCCAAGUUUUCUAGGUCAAUUCGGUAUAGUAUGAUAUCAUUACAGAAUUUUGGUUUUGAAAACCACUCUGGUGGAAUUGAUGAGACACAUAUUCUUAUUCACAUCCUUGUCCAUUUUGCAGCAUGCUUUACCAUUAUUAAAAUUCCCAUCGAUGCUAUAAAAUAUCAUGAAAUUUCAGGCUUUUCACUUCUAUGGACGACAGUCCCAUGUGUCAUAUAUCAUUGAAUGUUAAUGCAUGAACUAUGCUUAGCUACUGUUGGAAAUUCUAGGUCGUAGGAAAAUUAUGUAAAAGACUGAGGGUGUUUUGCAAAAUUGUGUAAGGUUCCUUCCUAUAUAAUAGGGUUAGAGGUGAAUGAAUGUUGAGGAGUUUCUGCCGUUAGGUUUUUUUUCUCUAUUGCCAACAUGAUAUCAGAGCGGGUUCGUUCCGCUAGGGUUUCAUCAGCUCUUGUUUGACAUUUCCUACCUGAGGGAGCACCACUGCUGCCGCCUAUGUUUGGCGCCUCCUACCUGAGGGAGUCCCACUGGUGCUGCCUCUGUUCAGCAUUGGCUUUGUCCGGCUAGGGUUUCAUCAUGGAGCACUUCUUUCUUGAUUUGAGGCGUGUUAUCUUUCCGCCGUUUAUAGGCGUGAUAUCCUGCCAUUUCGAGCAGUCCGCCAUUCAGAGCGGUUCUACUUCCGUCAGUCCUCUUGUCUAGGGACGACCAGUUUUUCUUCUUGCUGGAGUCACAAGUUACCACCUCUGUUGAUGUCAUCUCUGCCAGCACUCCAGCGUCGCCUCCUCUUCCAGUGAGGUCCUCUGUCAGUGAGGCAGUUCUACGACGAGAGAGCACUGAUCUUGCUCUGUCUCGUUUGUUUGAGAGUGAUCUCCAUCUGUCAUUUGACAGUAUAUCUGAGUUCAUCAGCAGCAGGUUCAUCAACGACAUCUUCAAGUUUAUUGGUGUCAUUUCUGUCUACAUCAAGCCUUCUGUCUAGAGGUUGAAGUAUCUAGGUUCAUUACCAUUGUUUCCAACUUCAUCGGCAUUCUUGAGAGCAGUAAAAUCAGCUUCUCUCAUCCACGCUUGUCUCAGUUCAGUGUCGUAUUCCGUCCUCCUCAGUCCGUCUCCCUCUGUUCUGUAUCAGUUCUAUGUCUUCCCUAGUCUGGCGACCAAAGUUCUCCACAGUCCACGUUGCUACAGUCCAUAUUGUCUGGUGGUGUCUGCUCACCUCUACCUUCAUAGAAAUGGCCUUCACCUUCCAGUUCCUCCGCGAGUUCAUUACUCAACCAGUGGGAGGGGUGCUGGCCUGCACCUCUCCUGAUAGCUGAGCCCCAUCAUCACAUCAAUCGUCAUAGCUGAGAUCUUGACAUUAUGCAGAUCUCCGAGCAGAGGGAUACUCUCAUCAUACUUGGUGCCACUUUGUCAACUAUCUCGUGACUACGAGAGGAGCCAAAGGUAUCAACGAAUCCACAACCUCAGCAGUGGUCAUCUUUGACUACCAUCACAGGGAGAGUUGCUGUCACAACGGAUCUUCGUCAUCACUAACAAGUGAAUGCUCAGAGGGCAAAAUUUUCGUCAUCAGCAACUUAGUCAAGAUGAACUUUUCCAAAGUUCAUUUUGAGGGAGGGUGUUGGAAAUUCUAGGUUGUAAGAAAAUUAUGUAAAAUAUUGAGGGUGUUUUGCAAAAUCGUGUAAGGUUCCUCAUGGGGGUUAGAGGUGAAUAAAUCUUUAGGUUGUUUCCGCCGAUCUCCCCUCUGUCCUCCGUGAUUAGGUUUUUUUUUCUCCAUUUCCAACAGCUACAGAUAACAAAGAGAUCAAAUUCAUGGUACUAAUAUUCUGCGUAUGCCUACAUUACAUAUAUGGUUGCGUCCUUUUACCUUUGUGCUCCAUGUCAAAGUAAAUCUAUGCGUUUUUUAUUUGUUUCCAGGUUUUUAUUUGCGUCACUUUGAUUCAUUUCCUCUUUAUUUUAGGAAAAUGGCCAUGGCAACGAUAAUGGAAAUGCAGAAUGCAGUACAGAUCGUGGAAUGGAUCCUGGUGACAUAGAAAAAGUCGCAGAUGAAGUUGAUGUAGCUAAUAAUAUCAGUGGAAACGAUGUCGGAGAGAAUGACAUACAUCCUCCGGAUGUGCUAAAUGCUGAUUCGACAGCUGAUGCAUGUGGGUCUACUGUUUCUGAAAUUCAAAGUACAGGUGAUUCUAUUGAUGGAUGGAAGGUUGUAGUGGAUGAACAAACCAAUAGAUAUUAUUAUUGGAAUAUCUUAACUGGUGAAACAUCCUGGGAGGUGCCUGAUGUCUUGUCUCACAAAGCAGCAACUAUCGGUAAGCUUAAUUUUCCAAUGACUAAAGAGGAUACUAGGUGCUCUUUCCUACCUCAUGAAUGCACUUUAACACUACCUGUGAACUUCACAAAUGUUCAUAAUGAGAGCGUGAUACUCACUUUCUGUUCAUUUUUACAGGUAGUACUAAUGGCUUUGUUGUUGAGAAAGGCAACGGCAUUGGUGUUAAUACGACUCAUGAUGCCAGUCAAUCAGCAGAGGACUAUAAUUCUGCUGGAAUUGUUGGUGUGUCAUAUCCAGAUGCAUUGAUGCUGCAUUCCUUUGCAUCUUUGUCCCAAACAAGUGCCCUUUCUGAUCAAUUGACCGACUCAACCAGUAACCUUCAAUUUGUGGCUAGUAAUGAAUCCAUGGAUAAACAUCAUCUGGAGGUCAGUUAUAGUUCUGAAGCUGAGGAAGUUCACCCAGCCCAUCUUGUGAAGCAUGGUGAAAUCUUGCUCGAGAGAUUGAAGACAUUAGAAUGGUACUAGGAACAGAUGCCGUAUAUGUUUGUACCUUUUUUUUUAGUCAGUCGCUAUUUAUUCGCCGUUAUUUCUUUGAGUUGAAUCAUCAGUAGAAUUAUUUUUUUUUAAUCACGUGCAAUUGAUGUGUUCUAGGUCUGAUGAAAAUCAUGAAAGACACAGUUGGAGAUUCAAGUGUAUCUCGGAGGUUGAUACCAGACUUUCUGACUGCAAAGCCCUCUCAUCAUUUGGAUCUGCCUUGCUUCCAUUUUGGUGGCACACCAAGACACAACUCAAUCGAAUCGAAUAUGCUAUUGACCAAGAAGAAUCUCUUGUCCAUAAAAACUCUGGCUUUAGUAAAGAAGAGUUCUUGAAGCCAGAGGGUUCCGUUGACAGUGGAAAGGAGUGCGAGCUAGUUACUAAAGAAAGCAUGGUUUCAAGCAAUGGGAGUGGACCACAAUCAGAUAUCUGUGUAUCCAAUGGACCAUCGAAGGAAACGACUGGUUCACCUAAGACUGAAGAUGCUGGUGGUAUGGUUGCUGAGGGUUUAGAGGAGACCAUGGCAAGUGCUGCUUUUGUCCCUCAUCCUUCUGUAGAUGACAGCGGACAGGCGAAGGCAGGGGAGGAAGAUGCUGUGAAUCCAGUGGCUACCCUUCAUCCUCCAGCUGGUGACCUGGAUGAUGUUCAGUCCACAGACAAUCCCAGCAGACCUCUUGAUGCUCCAUUAAUGGAGUCUUAUGCAGAAGAUGUGGACAUGGAUAUAGAAAUGGAGGUCGAUGAAGAGGAGCAAACAGUUUCAGAACAGCAAGCUGGUACCCAGUGUGUUGCUUUAUCACAGCAUAUGCCCUAUUUUUCCCAUGAAGUGAGCGUGCCGUCACCGCCAGAGGAUUGGAUUCCCCCGCCACCGCCAGAGGAUGAUGCUGUCCCCCCUCCUCCUCCGCCGGAAGAGCCUCCUACACAGCCCAGCCCCCCACCUUCUUCAUAUUCAGAGACUUACCCUUCAUUUCCAUAUCCAGACCAAUAUACCAUGCAGUACCCUGUUUCAGCCUUUGAAUACUAUGCCCCUUCAGUGAGUGGUGCCCCCGGCAUGGCAUAUUAUGUCCCUGCAGAUGCUGCCCAUGUUGCCGAACCCCAGCCAGCCAUAUACUACGAUGUUCCCGCCGCAGUGAUGCCUCCUGCACCUAUAAUUAGCUGCUCGGAGGCUUCUGGCUUCUACGUUCAGUCGGACGUUGCCAGAUAUGGUUCCCUUUCCUCUUCAGAGCUCUCUUCAUCUGCUGCCGCUGCGGCUUCAAGUUCUUCUGCUUCUCACAAGGCAGAGGAGCCCAGGUGCCUCGACGAGGGGGCCGAUCCGGGUCCCUUGACCUCGGUUGGCUCUCAGUCUACUGGGUCAACCCCAUCAGAUGCAGCGGCGUCAGCAGCCAAUGUGAAGGCCCAGCCCAAAGGUGAAGGUUACUGGUUCGAACCCUGAAUUUCUCUCUCUGGCUGAUCUUCUGACCCUGCUGUCUCUCUUCUCACCCAGUGAUCCGUGCCAAAAAGCGAACUCUGGCGGUGGCACCCACUCUGAGGUCCAACAAGAAGGUUUCUAGCCUGGUGGACAAGGUAUCCUCAUCCCCUGGUCUUCUUCUCCUUCCUCUUCUUCUUCUUCUUCUUCUUGCUGAGUGGACGAAUGGGGAUUCCUCUGAAUCAGUGGAAGGCGGCCAAAGAGGAGCUGCACGGGGACGAGGAGGAUGAGCCGGAGAACGCGUAUGAGAUAUUGGAGAAGAAACGUCAGAAGGAGAUCGAGGUGUGGACGAUCUUCCCACUCUUAGAUCCUCGAUUUCUAUAUUUGCACAUAUAUAUAUAUAUUGUUUUUUGCUUUUUUUGGGUGUCUGACUUUUGAAUGUGGUGGGUGGGCAGCAAUGGAAGACCCGGCAGAUUGUCAGCGGGGAAGCUCAGGAAAAUGCUAAUUUUCUCCCGUUGGGUGGUGACUGGUACGUUUCUACCUUUUAUAUCCGAUGA